AUGUUGCCGAAUGCAGGACUUGGACGCGGCCCGAAACGCGAUCUACAGUUUGAACUUGGACCAUUGCUACCUACGACAACUGUCUUCCUCUCGGCGGCUCUACAGCACGAUACCCAUACGGAAAAUACUUGCAUGUUUUCAUUUAACUCUAUAAUCUCUUGCGCAGCAGAAUGGCUUACUGAGGUACAACACCUGGGGUGCUUACUUGAUUCUCUAAUCCCUUCGCCACUUGCCAAGGACCCAUGCCCAGCUGUCUCUUCUCGGGCAUUUCCUUUACUCGAAGAGCUCAGAAAUAUUCUGGUCUCUUCACCAGAACAGCUCAUCGAGACCCCCUCAGAAGUACUGGAUAUUUUGGAUUUGAUACUUUCGACCGUUGGCGCCCUCAGAACUCUCUCGUGCGCGUCGAAGAAUAAUGUUACGCAGUCAACAAUAGCGUUUUUGUCUCUUCUGAUACGCUCUCUGGCUUUUGUCUGUUAUGACAAAUCAUAUACAUUGCAAGAAGCUGCUUUCGUUCGACCACGGUUAUCGCACGUGCGAAGUUUUAUGGAGGACGGACGUGCUUCACUGUUAGUGUCUCAUGUCGCCGAAGAUAUUCAACGACCGAAGCCGGCCGUAGACGAUGAAGCUUCGGGGCGCCUGCCUAUCGGGACCGCGGAACGAUCAAGCAAACCAUCACAGGAAGAAUGCGACUCGGAAACUUCCUACGACGACGAAUCAUUCUCCGACAGUGACACCAGCUAUGAACGCACGGAGGCUUCAACGGAUCCGACAUCUGCCCAGUCAUCCUACGUUCCCCUUGAUGCCCACGUUCUCGCUUCUUGGCGACACCCGAAUUCUGUUGUUCUCCCGUAUCUUUGUGUCACCGAUGAGGAUGAAAUUUUCAGCCUAAUGAGCGGUGUUGUUUAUCAGCGAUCUACUUGGGGAAUUUCCGAGCCUGUUAUUGGAAUUAUCCUGUCAAAAACAGGGUUCGUGGGCCGAGUGGUGCUCGGUUGGCUUGAUAAAGUAUGCGCGGACCAUGAUGUUCUACCCGCAGUUCGUUUUGCGCACGCAGAUGGGACGCGUAUAGACUCCUCGUUAAGAGUGUACGACCUUACCGACCCCGUCAGUGCUCUCAAAUUUGCACAAUUUAGCAUCAGCCUUCGGGUGCAUGUUGAGGGAAUCGUUGCCCAAUGCGGAACUCCGACAUUCAACCAAGUUUCGUGGAGAUCAGAUACUAUCAAUGAUGACAGUUCCGGCGCCAAAGAACAAUGGGAAGAAAGGAUCUUUAGCUGGCUAAAUACCGUUGAAAGAUGCAAUGCGGACCACAGAGGACCUUUCAAUCUUUCUACAGCUGAAUACUCCCAACAGCGCGAGAAGCGAUUGCCCUCUAAGACAAGGUCCUCACCCUGUCCCAGGCGCCCUACGUCUGUGGAUAGCGAACUCGAUCUCCCCUCAGGGACGCCUGCUCCAUUUUUACCUGACGUCAGUCUGACAUAUCCCCCCGAACCUUCCCUUAAAGGUACAGGUUCGAAGAUCCCGUCAGAUACAGCGCUCGCUCAGUCAGAGGAACGUAGAAGACCAGAAGCAAAGACUGAUGAUGGGUCCAAUAAGGAAAACACUGGUAUGCGAUUGAAGAGCGCGGACGCAUCGUCUUGUUUGGCGCUGGGUGCAAAGUCCUUAGCUGGCAUAUCCCCUACCGCAAAGUUGUCCUUCUCGAGUUAUGGACAUGAUUGGAAAAUCAUCGGUUUGGUGAACGUACAGAUCAAGAUUUAUGCCUCGGUGUAUUCCGGAUGUUGGAGUUAACGAGGUAGGAGCGUGAACAUGGUGAACGAGGAAAAAGUUUUCGGAAGAGAACGGAUGCUAGGAUAAGACGUCGUAACAUUACUACAUAGGUAAUAAGUAAAUACGGUCAAGG